GGGCGCGCAGCCGCGCAGCGGCGGGAGGACUGCGGGGCUCCAACGGCCGGCUGCAGAGCUCGUGGAGGAGGCCAUGGGGCGAGCUGUUGCGGAGCUCGUUUCCUCGCUGCUAGGGCUGUGGCUGCUGCUGUGCAGCUGGGGGUGCCCCGAGGGCGCCGAGCUGCGUGCCCCGCCAGAUAAGAUCGCGAUUAUUGGAGCCGGAAUUGGUGGCACUUCAGCAGCCUAUUACCUGCGGCAGAAAUUUGGGAAAGAUGUGAAGAUUGACCUGUUUGAAAGAGAAGAGGUUGGGGGCCGCCUGGCUACCAUGAUGGUGCAGGGGCAAGACUAUGAGGCAGGAGGUUCUGUCAUCCAUCCUUUAAAUCUGCACAUGAAGCGUUUUGUCAAAGACCUGGGUCUCUCUACUGUUCAGGCCUCUGGUGGCCUACUGGGGAUAUAUAAUGGAGAGAGUCUGGUAUUUGAGGAGAGCAACUGGUUCAUAAUUAACAUGAUUAAAUUAGUUUGGCGCUAUGGAUUUCAGUCCCUUCGUAUGCACAUGUGGGUAGAGGACGUGUUAGACAAGUUCAUGAGGUAAUUUUUUUUUCCUUCCAAUUUAACCAAAGGUCUUUUAAUUUAGGUUAAAUUAAACUUGAUGAACUUUAGGAGUUACAAUGUCUUGUAAGCAUUUUCUACCUCACUGCAAGGCCUGUUUGUACCAUUGUUAGGCAAAAUGUUUUGUAGAAACCAUGCAGACUGUUUAUCUGCUUGGAAAUUGAAAGGUUAGUUUAUUUUUGCUUCUGAAGUGUAUUUUGCAUCUGCUUCUUUAGUGUUGCCAGACAUUGUUAGAUGCCUUGAGUUCUCAUGCCAACUUACUCAGGUAAGUACUGUUAUUAGCUUCUUCAAACAGAUGCAGAAGGGGCGGUGUAGAGGUUUUAAGAGAGUAGGUUCAUCUACAUAGUAAGUGGUGUAGCUGGAGUUGCCACCCAGGCAGUCUGGCUUUAGAGUCUUCACUCUUAAUCUCUAUGCUGUGCUAGUGUUGUGUAGAUGAAUGAGAUAAUGUGUACAAGAGUUGUAGAAGGAUCAGAAAACUUAAAUGGGCUUUAAUAGUGACAUGUUUUCAGUGAACCAGCAGCCUGAGUAGAGUAAAAGUUCCAUAUUCCAAGAAUUUACAUUCCAGCACUGUCCUGAGUAGUGAGAAUUCAGGUGCCUCUUUUUCUUCCUUAGGCUUUUCUGUAUUUAAACAAUUUUUUACGUGUGUAUAUAUGUAUCACUUUGGUAAUCAGGAAGACUAACAUAACAUAGCCAUUCUAAUUUUGAAUGGUACAAUCUAUUUUUUUUUUAAUCUGUUGGCAUGUGCUAG